AUGAUUGUAGUCGGGCUCAGCUGGAAGAUGGCGAUCGGCGCUUGUGUGCUGGGCAACACGCUGAUGGGCCUGGUCAUCACGAUCAACGGCAGACUUGGAGCGACGCUGCACACUCCUUUCCCGGUCUUGGCUCGCAUGCCGUUUGGCUAUUACUUCAGCUACUUCGUCGUGCUUUCCAGAUGUGUCCUUGCCAUCGUCUGGCUAGGUGUACAGACUACGACUGGAGGUCAAUGCAUGACAGUCUUGCUGACAGCACUCUGGCCGAGCUUUGUGAACAUACCAAACCACAUUCCAGUCGAUGAAGGAAUCUCCACAGGCGGCAUGAUUGGAUUUCUGCUGUAUUUCUUGCUCCAGCUGCCAUUCCUGUGCAUACCUUAUACCAAGAUCCAAUAUUUCUUCGCUUUCAAGAGCAUCAUCGUACCGAUUGUCUUUCUGGCCAUCUUCGGAGAUACCCUACGCAGAGCUGGCGGAACGAUCAGCCAUAGUUCGGUCAUUACACAAGGCACUACGGUCCACGGCUCGGUACUUGCUUGGGCGUCUUUCUCCAACCUCAACGGCGUACUGGGCAACUAUGCAACCCUCGGACUCAACAUCGCCGACUUCUCGAGAUAUGCCAACAAACCUUCUGCUCAGAAUGUGCAAGCUAUCGUGAUUCCAAUCAUCUUCACUGUCGUUGGUCUGCUUGGCAUCUUCACGGCGGCGUCUGCCGAGCCAGCUUAUGGCAAAGUCUUGUGGAAUCCGAUCGAUAUAUUUCACCUCUGGAUGGACUCCGGUUCAUCUGGAGGUCGUGCCGCCGCUGCUUUCGCCGCGAUUGGUCUGAUCAUUGUCACGCUCGGCACCAAUAUCUCUGCCAAUUCGAUCAGCGCUGCGAAUGAUCUGAUGGCUUUCUGCCCGAAGUACAUCAACAUUCGCCGUGGUCAACUGCUUGCUGCUUUCAUCGGUAGCUGGGCUUUCGUGCCGUGGAAGAUACUUGCGUCAGCUGCAAAAUUCCUUGCCUUCUUGAGCGGCUACACCAGUUUCCUUGGUGCGAUGACCUCGAUCUUGAUCACCGAUUACUUUAUCGUCCGCAGAACACAUGUGUCGGUCCCAGAUAUGUACAACUUCCACGGCAUCUACCGCUACUCGCCAAAGUACGCUACGAACUGGCGUGCAGCUGCUGCAUUCUUCAUCGGCUGCGUUCCUCCUCUCCCCGGAUUCGUCAACAACAUUGUCGUAGCGGGUGGCCAGACGACUGGUGUAAGCAUUGGUGGUCAGCAUCUGUUCGCCAUCGGCUACAUCUACUCCUUCUUCUCCACCGGGGUGUUUUACUGGCUUUUCAAUCGCUUCUUCCCACACCACGAGUCGAUCAUGAGCCAUGCUGAAACGGGCGAAGAUAUCAUUGCCGCCAAUGAUGCGAAGAACAUGGAGUUGCGUCGCGCACCUUAUGCCGAAGGGCGUCGGCCUAGUCUCAUCAUGCGUGUCUUUGAAGUGUAG